ACUCCAUGGAUUCCUUUGAGCAGCUCAGACCAGAAGAUGACCAGUCAGUAGUGAGCAGAAUGCAGAAGAAAUACUGGAAGACUAAGCAGGUCUUUAUCAAGGCAACAGGGAAGAAGGAAGAUGAGCAUGUGGUUGCGUCCGACGCAGAACUGGACGCCAAACUUGAGGUUUUUCACUCCAUCCAGGAGACAUGCAAUGACCUUGUGAAGAUAGUUGAGAAAUACCAGCUAAGACUCAACGUUAUAUCAGAGGAAGAAAAUGAACUAGGGCUCUUCUUAAAGUUUCAAGCGGAACGGGAUGCAACUCAAGCUGGCAAAAUGAUGGACGCCACUGGCAAGGCCCUCUGCUCUUCAGCCAAGCAAAGAUUGGCCUUGUGUGCUCCCCUGUCUCGUCUUAAGCAAGAAGCGGCAACGUUCAGCCACAGGGCUGUUUCUGACACCCUGGUGACUAUUGAUCGCAUGGAACGGGCCCGCACUGAGUACAGAGGGGCCCUGCUGUGGAUGAAAGAUGCGUCGCAGGAGCUUGACCCAGACACUGCCAAACAGAUGGAAAAGUUUAGAAAAGUACAGAGCCAAGUAAGAAACAGCAAAGAUUCUUUUGACAAGUUAAAGAUGGACGUCUGUCAGAAGGUGGACCUGCUGGGAGCUAGUCGCUGCAGUAUGCUCUCUCCCUCCCUCACCGCCUACCAGAGAACACUGCUUGGGUUCUGGGAGAAAACAGCUCAAAUGAUGUCCCAAAUCCAAGAGGCCUGUGCUGGCUUUCAUCCGUACGACUUCAUAGCUCUCAAGCGACUACAAGACACUCCAGGCAAUCUCCCUGCAGACUACAAAGAAGAACAAACAGAAAGCAGCUGUCUUACCACAAACCUCAAUAGGGUAGCUUUGUCUGAAGAGGACGAGAGACUUGAGAGAGAACCAGCCGCUGCAGGAGCCCUGUCCAGAGACUUACGAGAAGGAGAUGAUUUUGAGAAGGAAUUCUCAUUUCUGAACAGCCUCCUUAGCCCCACUUCUUCCAGUGCUAGAGAGUUCACGCGGGAGUGCCGGCCUGCCUGUGGGAGCGGGAGCCCCAGCACUGGCCCCGCCUCCCAGGAGCCAUCAGUAGGCCCCAGGCCUCUCGCGUCCUCUUCCCAGUUUCUUCCUUCACAACUCUUUGACCUUGGCCUUCAUGCUGAUGGAGCUUUCAACAGCUGGGUUUUCCAGGAGGGCUCAGAACACUCAGAUACCUUGCCAGUACCUUCACAUCGCCACAUCUUCACAAAAAAAUUAAAGUACUUGGGUCCACUCUCAAACCCAGAUGCCAUUGGACACUCAGAUGAUGAGCUUCUGAAUGCCUGACUGAUGUCCUGGUGACUGAUGGCACAGGCUCAGGGGUCUUAAGGCACCAACUGUGCAACAUGUGCCUUUCUGAAGAGACACUCCCACUGCGACCACACACAGAAGCAUGUGUUCAUGACAGACAUCUGCCAGCCAGCUCUAGCCAGAGGUUGGAGCACCUGAGCAGACUGUUGUACUUAUACUGGAUCUGCAAGCUGUUGACGUGCGUGGAUAAUUUUACAAACUCCUGAGUCUGCAAUACUGAGAAACCAAAUUUAUGUCUGAAUCACAGAAGCAUGGCGUAUUUCUUCGGAAAGUGUUUUAUACUUGUUACUUUGCUGUAAGAGGAUAAAGAAUAGGAUAUAAAGUGGCUAUAGUUUGGGGCUUUUCCUUGAUAAUGAUGGGUGUUUUCUGUUGUGGAGAACAGCACUAGAUCUAGAAAGCUUUAUCCUGAAGUACAACAUAGAACAAGAUUAGAGAACUGUUUUACUGGAAUUAGAGAAAUGUGUUUGCUUUUCUGUAUGAUAUUAGAGAAACGUGUGUUUGCUUUUCGGUAACUGGAAACUAAAUGCAAUGUUACAUUUCAUUCAUACACAAUCAUGGAUACACUUAGUUCCAUUAUUAAAUUUUCAUGGGGAAGAUAGGAUGCAAAAUCCAUCAUUUGUAGAAUCGGGAAAGGAAUCUGCAGGCCUGUUUCACAAACUGUGGCAGCGACACAUCUUCAUGCUGCAAAGAACAAUGAGGACAAGGACAAGCACUGCCUGCCUGGGCAGCAAUCUUGCUGAACCUCCAGAAACUUCUGUGAACAAGCACUGCACUUGUAACACCUGUCUUUACAGUUACAUUCUAACUCAUCACACACUUUAACCCAGAGGCUGGCAGACAUGGAAAGUUUUACAGAAGGCUAAGGAGCAUCCCAUGUUCUUUCUUGAGAUCUAACUCCCAAGACACCAUCUGAUUACUAAGCAAAAGCUACUGGCAGAGGAUGUCUAAGGUUUGGAGGGAAGACUCUUCAGUGGCAGUUGGGCAAGCUGGUAAAAUCAUGGCUCAUGGAUUGCCACCUGCUCACUUCCUGUCCUUUCUUGGCCACCCUUUAAUCUAGGGCUAGUUUCCCUAGUGUUCUGUCAUCCAGUUCAUUGUGGCUGAUGUCCCACAAGGGAUAUUUUAAUUAAGUUGUUUACUGUAGUUUUUAUGGGCUUAGUCAUUAGCCAGUUGAUUCAGAUUGAAAUUACAUGUCAUGUCCAAGUCAUGGACAUUAGUGACCUAUUUUUAAGGAAUAAACCAGAGUGGGCAGGAUGCCAUCCACUGCACACACUCAGCAACCUGGCCUAACCCUGUGAACUGCCCCUGGGCUCUCUAGAAAGCCAGUGUCAGGUCACUGGUGCAUGGGCUGCAGACUCACCUGAGGGUCAAGAACAAAUUAAGACUUGUUCCUGAAUAUCUUUAGUCUUAAUAAACAUCUCUUCAAAAGCACUUUUCUUCUGUUCUGUGAAAAUUUCCAGAACACAGUCAUUGUUCUGCCAAGACUAAUCUCUGGGAUUACUAUUAUGACUCAGUCUAAAGCUAGUGCCCAGAGCAAUCACUGCCAUCAACCUCAAGAAACGCUAACUUACAUAGUCUGUGCUCCUGCUCUUUGUGAGGUUAUCCUUCCAAUGAGUUAGUUCAGUUAUGAGAACACAGUUAUGAGCACUUACCAGAAGGACAGAUGCAGGGAAGGCAUAGAUUAUCCUAGGAACAACUUUGUCAAAAUAGGUAUGUUUUAUAUUGAGUGGGGAAACACCUAUAUUCUACUUUAUUUUAUCCCAGAAAAGACUUCACAGAAAGUCAGCGAGCUCCAGCAGAGCCACAUUUGCCUUCUCCUCAAGAAACACAAGAAUGGCAGGUCAAACUAUCAAGUGUAAUUUGUAUUUUCUGAGAUUUUAAUUG